AUGCAGGGUUCUUUUUAAGAGAAGGAAGCUUUAGCUGACAUCUUUGAUUAACUAAAAGAUGUAGAUAUACAAAUCUUUGGGGUCAUAAUAGAAAUAUUUAAAAAGGAGAAAGUUUAAGAUUGCCUUGGAUAUCUUUCAGAUAUUGGGAAUCAGAAACAAAUAGAAUCAUAAAUUUUACAACAAGUCGGGAAUUUAACCCAAGCUGACACAGAAUAGAAAUUGUCUGUAAUUAGAAAUGACAUGAAAUAAAUUACAGAUGUCUUAAGAAAAUUAAAAGAUCAUGACUUCAAUAAGAAAGAUUUCUCUUCUGAAGAAAAUGAAGAAUCUACAUUAAGACUAAUUAACAGCAUCAAGUGUAAGAGUUAGAGCAUAGAAUUUUUAGUUCACCUUACAUCUAUCGAUAAAACUCUAAUAUAAUGUGGGUCUAAUUCAUUACAUUUAUUAGUUUAGAUGAAGGCGGACCUUAGACAUCAAAAUUUCGAAAAUAUUAAGAUAGAAAAUACUUCAUUAGUAGGCGCAAAUUUGGUUCAAUGCAAUUUAAGUGGAUCAGAAUUUAAUAAUGUAAAUAUAAGCAGUAUGAAUCUGAAUGGAACAUUUCUGUUGAAUUGUAAAUGGAAGAAUAUUAAGAUCCAUGAAUUGAACAAAUUAGAUGAUGGUCAUAAUGAUAGCGUGAAUUCAGUCUGCUUCUCUCCUGAUGGUACAACAUUAGCAACUUGUAGCGGAAAUCCUAUGUAUAAAAGCAUUGAUAACUCCAUCUGUCUAUGGGAUGUUAAAAAAGGCGUAUUAAAAGCCAAAUUGGAAGGUCAUAGUCGAACUGUCUUGUCAGUCUGUUUCUCACCUGAUGGAGAUACAAUAGCUUCUAGUAGUUAUGAUUAGUCUACUCGUCUAUGGGAUGUUAAAACAGGAAAAUUGAAAGCCAUUUUAGAUGUUAAUAGUAAAUGGUAAUGUAAGUAUGUUUCUCACCUGAUGGAAAUAUGUUAGCCACUGGUAAUUAUGAUAAUUCUAUCCGUCUUUUGGAUGUCAAAACUGGAUAUUAAAUAGCCAAAUUAGAUGGUCAUAAUGGAUCAGUCUAAUCUGUAUGCUUUUCUCCUGAUGGAAAUACUUUAGCAUCUGGCAGUUAAGAUAAAUCUAUCUGUCUUUGGGAUGUGAAAACAAAAUAGAAAUUUGCAAAAUUGGAUGGCCAUAGAAAUUGUAUCAACUCAGUCUGUUUCUCACCUGAUGGAAAUACAUUAGCUUCUGGUUGUGGUGACAGGUCUAUCCGUCUCUGGGAUGUAAAAACAGGAUAAUUUAAAACUUAAUUGGAUGGUCAUACUAAUACUGUCUACUCAAUCUGUUUCUCUCCUGAUGGAAAUACAUUAGCCUCUGGUAGUGAAGAUGUCUCUAUCCGUCUUUGGGAUUUAAAAACAGGAUAAUAAAAAUGCAAAUUGGAUGGUCAUAAUGGUACUGUUUACUCAGUCUGUUUCUCUCAUGAUGGAAAUACAUUAGCCUCUGGUAGUUAUGAUAAGUCUAUUCGUCUAUGGGAUGCCAAAACAGGAUAAUAAAAAGCCAAAUAGAAUGGUCCCUCUAGUUAUGUUAUGUCAGUCUGUUACUCUUCCGAUGGAAAUACAUUAGCUUCUGGUUAUGAUGAUAGCUCUAUCUGUCUAUGGGAUGUUAAAACAGGAUAAUAAAAAGCCAAAUUAGAUGGUCAUAGUGAUUAUGUAAACUCAGUCUGUUUCUCUCCUGACGGAAAUACAUUAGCGUCUGGUAGUGGUGACAUGUCUAUACGUCUUUGGGAUGUCAAAACAGGAUAAUUUAAAACCUAAUUGGAUGGUCUUAGUGAUACAGUUAGAUCAGUAUGUUUCUCUCCUGAUGGAAGUACAUUAGCUUCUGGUAGUAUAGAUAAGUCUAUCCGUCUAUGGGAUGUCAAAACAGGAUAAUAAAAAGCCAGAUUAGACGGUCAUACUCAUUAUGUCUACUCAAUCUGUUUCUCUCAUGAUGGAAAUACAUUAGCUUCUGGAAGUUAUGAUAAGUCUAUUCGUCUAUGGGAUGCCAAAACAGGAUAAUAAAAAGCCAAAUUGGAUGGUCAUAAUGAUUACGUCAACUCAGUCUGUUUCUCUCCUGACGGAAAUACAUUAGCGUCUGGUAGUGGUGACAUGUCUAUACGUCUUUGGGAUGUCAAGACAGGAUAAUUUAAAACCUAAUUGGAUGGUCAUAGUGAUACUGUCUACUCAGUCUGUUUCUCUCCUGAUGGAAAUACAUUAGCUUCUGGUAGUUAAGAUAUGUCGAUUCAUCUUUGGGAUGUAAAAAAAGAAUAAUAAAAAGCCAAAUUGAAUGGUCAUACUCAUGGAAUCUUGUCAGUUUGUUACUCUCCUGAUGGAAAUACAUUAGCAUCAGGUAGUUAUGAUAAGUCUAUUCGAUUAUGGGAUGUUUAGAAUAGAAAAUAAUUUUUACUAAAUAACAAUACAUUUAAGGAAAUUCUUACCUAAAUUCAUGCAUCCUUAUUUUAAGACAAUGUUCCCUCAUGUACUUAUUUAAUUAUUAUUUUUAUAGUACCCAAUAAUAUUACAAUUCUACGAAUAUCUGAGACACCAUUAUUUCAAGCAUAACAAGCGUUAAUUUUUAAAGGAGAUUUUGUGAAUUAUUAAGGAUACGAUUUAAGAUCAUUAUUCAAACUCUCAGGAAGUUGCAUUUUAGGAGACUUUGAGUAAAACGAAAUUUGA